AUGAGGCAGGCAAAUAUCGAUGCGCCUGGGGUGGUAGCAGCCAUCCGGCGCUUCUGGCAACGGUCGUAUGCAUCUGAUUAUGUCGGAUUUGUCCUGCUUUUGGCAGUGUAUAUUUGGGUGCAAUUCUUCUUCGAACCAGUCCAUCAGAUGUUCCGCCUCGACAACCGAGCAAAACAAUAUCCUCACGCCCUUGUCGAAAGAGUCUCUGCGGGAGAGAACAUCCUGGUCGCUGGAGUAGGUCCACUCGUGGUUCUCAUCAUUUGGGCCGUUGUCAUGCGACCGGGAGUCCAUCAUGCACACGUUACGAUCCUGGGACUUUUGAUUAGCCUCUUCCUUGCCUCGCUCCUCACCGAUAUUAUCAAGAAUGCCAUCGGCCGCCCACGCCCAGAUCUGAUUGCCCGCUGUAAGCCAGAGGCGGGAACCCCCGAGCACGAACUUGUCACCAUUGUGGUGUGCACCGAGACCGAUCACCAUACUCUCCACGAUGGAUGGCGCAGUUUUCCAAGUGGCCACAGCAGUUGGGCCUUCGCAGGGCUCGGAUACUUGGCUUUGUUUCUGGCGGGCCAAAUGCAUGUCUUUCGACCGCAUGCAGACCUCGCCAGGAUUUUGAUUUUCCUGGCUCCCUUGGCCGGCGCUGCACUGGUCGCAAUGUCGCGAUUAGCCGACUACAGACACGAUAUCUACGAUGUUACCUGCGGCAGUCUUUUGGGCAUGUCGGUGGCAUAUAUCACCUAUCGACGAUACUUUCGCCCCCUCAGACAUCCCAAAUGCGACGUGCCCUAUCCGAACAGGGCCGACUAUGCUUUGGCUAGAGCGGCAAGAGCAGCCAAAGCCAGACCCAGAGAUCUGGAACAACAAUUGGAGGACGAGUUUUCGUUGAGUGACCAUUCUGAGGACGAGUCCGAAGCAUAUCUUCUGACGGAGUCGGGCCCCGCUAGGACAAGGGACCAUGUUGAGACGGCGCAGCCACCUUAG